AAUUGCAGGUAUUAAAAUGAAAGCAUAUUUAUUUCAAUGGGGUGGUUAUUUGCCACCAUUUUAUAAAUAUGCCGUUUUUUUGCUUUGUGGUUUUGAACUUAUCGUUUCUGCUAUGUCAAUGGCUGUGGCGCAAAAGUAUUAUGAAUUAUGUACGAUACUAUUUCCAAUAGCAAUGUAUAUGUUUGAUGAUACUAAAAGAAAAAAAAUUGAAGGAUUUAUUUGGACAAUGAAUGAGCGACAAAUACUUCAAAAUCAUGAGCAAAAAUUGUUACUGUUGUGGUGCACAUCAACGGCAGCAAUAUUUAUUUCAAUGUCAUUAAUUAUGCCAUUUUUCUUCAAAUUUAAAAACCAAAAACAACUCAACAGCAAACAUUUCGUCAAUUAAUAAUGUAUAUAUUGGCAGCACUUUUUAUCAUUGUAGUAUCAUUAAAUGGUCUUGUAAUGAUAUGGCUUUAUAUUACGGCACCAACUGAUAAUAAAUUAUUUUAUGAAUUGUUUGAUAAUUCAGUAAAAGAGGAAAUAUUUUUGACCGAAAUUGAAAAAGGACUUGAUUGCAUAUCGGAUGAUGAUAAAGAACUUGAUCCAACUGUUGAAUGUGAUAAUACAAUUAAUCGAUCAGUAAUUAGCCGGAAAUGGUUAAAACCGUUGUUAAUUAUUUGGAUUGUUGGUCAUGUAAUUGUAUUGUUUUUGUUCGGUUUCAUUAAUAAAGAUUUUAAUCACGAUGAAAAUGAUGGCAAUUUGAAGAAUGUGACAAUGAAAGAGAAGUUACUAACAUGAAUAAUUAUCGAUCUCAUUAAAAACGACUUGUAUAAAUGAAAC